GUCCGUCGGUCGCCGCGGUGACCGUCCUCCGAGGCCGUCGGCUCGCGCCCCGCCCCCGCCCCGCGGCCCCCUCCCCUGUGGCGCGCCGGGGAGGGGGGGUGUUUCUCGCUCCUCCCGAGUUGCCGCCGCCGCCGCCGCCGCUCCUCCUCCUCCUCCUUCUCCUGCUCCUCCUCCCCCUCCUCUCCCCGUCUUGGGUUUCCCAGGCGCUGCCGCCGCCGCUACCUCUGCGGUCUGUAUGAGGAGGAGGAUGUGAAGAUGGCGGAGCUGCAGAUGCUGCUGGAGGAGGAAAUCCCGGGGGGCCGCCGGGCCCUCUUCGACAGUUACACGAAUCUGGAACGGGUGGCGGAUUACUGCGAGAACAACUACAUCCAGUCAGCAGAUAAGCAGCGAGCUCUAGAAGAAACCAAAGCCUACACCACCCAGUCCUUAGCAAGUGUUGCCUAUCUGAUAAAUACCUUGGCCAACAAUGUCCUACAGAUGCUGGAUAUUCAGGCAUCCCAGCUACGGAGGAUGGAAUCUUCAAUCAAUCAUAUUUCACAAACCGUUGAUAUUCAUAAAGAGAAAGUUGCAAGAAGAGAGAUUGGUAUUUUGACUACCAAUAAAAACACUUCAAGGACACAUAAGAUUAUUGCUCCAGCCAAUCUUGAACGACCAGUUCGUUAUAUUAGAAAACCUAUUGACUAUACAAUUCUAGAUGAUAUUGGACAUGGAGUAAAGGUGAGUACCCAGAAUAUGAAGAUGGGUGGGCUGCCGCGUACAACACCUCCAACUCAGAAACCCCCCAGUCCCCCUAUGUCAGGGAAAGGGACACUUGGGCGGCACUCCCCCUAUCGCACACUGGAGCCAGUGCGUCCUCCAGUGGUACCAAAUGAUUACGUACCUAGCCCAACCCGUAAUAUGGCUCCCUCGCAGCAGAGCCCUGUGAGGACAGCUUCUGUGAAUCAAAGAAAUCGAACUUACAGCAGCAGUGGGAGUAGUGGAGGAAGUCACCCAAGUAGUCGGAGCAGCAGUCGGGAGAACAGUGGAAGUGGGAGUGUGGGUGUUCCCAUUGCUGUUCCUACUCCCUCUCCUCCCAGUGUCUUUCCAGCCCCCGCUGGCUCUGCCUCUGCUGGUACUCCUCCCCUUCCUGCUACUUCUGCAUCUGCCCCUGCCCCUCUUGUUCCUGCUACUGUCCCUUCCUCCACUGCCCCAGACGCUGCUGCUGGGGGGGCCCAGACCCUUGCUGAUGGCUUCACUUCUCCAACUCCCCCUGUUGUUUCUUCCACUCCCCCUACAGGUCAUCCUGUUCAGUUCUACAGUAUGAAUAGACCUGCCUCUCGCCAUACUCCCCCAACAAUAGGGGGCUCGUUGCCCUAUAGACGCCCUCCUUCCAUAACUUCACAGACAAGCCUUCAGAAUCAGAUGAAUGGAGGACCUUUUUAUAGCCAGAACCCAGUAUCUCUUGCUCCUCCUCCUCCCUCCAUCCUACAGGUAACUCCUCAGUUACCUUUAAUGGGAUUUGUGGCCAGAGUCCAAGAAAAUAUUUCAGAUACACCACCACCACCACCACCUGUGGAAGAACCAGUCUUUGAUGAAUCCCCCCCUCCACCUCCUCCCCCAGAAGAUUAUGAAGAGGAGGAAGCAGCUGUGGUUGAGUAUAGUGAUCCUUAUGCUGAAGAGGACCCACCGUGGGCUCCAAGGUCUUACUUGGAAAAGGUUGUGGCAAUUUACGAUUAUACAAAAGACAAAGAAGAUGAGCUGUCCUUUCAGGAAGGAGCCAUUAUUUAUGUCAUCAAGAAGAAUGAUGAUGGUUGGUAUGAGGGAGUUAUGAAUGGAGUGACUGGGCUCUUUCCUGGCAAUUAUGUUGAGUCUAUCAUGCAUUAUUCUGAGUAAAGCUCAGCAGCGCUGUGUCCCCUCACAGGAAUAGUCAGGUCUUCCCAGAUUAUCAAAAGGCCCUGGGGAUUCCCCUCCAAUGAAAUGCAGGAAGGAUACAAAUGACACAAACUAUUUGUUUUUUUGGUUUAUUCCCCAGUAUUAAAAAAGCAAGCUGAAUCUGAACAAAUGGAUCUUUCUGCCGUUAUUUGUACUAUGCUGAGCUGUCUGGAUUAAAAUAGACCAUUUCUAAAUAUGUCAGAGGUAAAACAGCAUAUAACCCUGUAAAACAAAUCAGGUUAAGACUGAUUCAGAAAAUCUGGGAUCUUUCUCAGGAAUACUGUACACCCUUGGGAUUUCUCCUCCUGCAGAAUCUGUGGCAUUGGAUGUUCUCAGUGCCUGUGCUAAAGGGUCAGCCUUGCGGCCUAGUGCCGUACCCUAGCCCCACACUUUCUUCUACUUGUAUGAGGAGGAGUGAACUAGUAUUUAAAUAUCCUACUUAACCGUUUUGAUAACCAUUUCGAUGGCUUAUUUCUUCCUCUUAACACUGUAAAUUCUGCAUUCUCUCAGCACUUGAGUGCACCAAGUGAGUUAAUGCUGCAGACUUGCAUUGACUUCAUGUUUUUCAGUUUGUAGAUUGAGGAUGAUGAAAUGAGUCCCCAAAUAUUCUGAGGAUGGUUAACAAUUGCUGGUUUGAUUUUACUGUGCUGCUGCUGCAUGAGACUGCACUGCCAGGGAUGGCUUGUGGACCCAGACGUGUGGCGUGUGGUAGCUUGGUUCACACACUGAAGUAGGCAUUGAGGCAAGGUGUGAGCUUUCUGAGGUUCUGAAGAGACUGAACUGGAGGAAAUGUUCUGCUUAGUGGGCUUCCUAGACCGUUGCCUUAGGCACGGUUUCCAGGAAUCUAGGAGGUCAGACCAGCUAUUUUUUUUACUUCUUUCACUAUUUAGGAAAACAUUCUUUUUUGAAAAAUAGCAGUUCUUUUCAGGUCUCUUGACAGUCACUGGGAAUCAAAGGCUUGCUCCUGUGCUCUCUGAAUGUUGUUAAUGGCCAGUGUUAGCUGCUACUGAGUUUGCUCACUUAGUUCUAGGAAAGGUAAAUACUCUCCCAGUUUUGUGAUUGGCUUUUGAAGUUGCUGCUCUUGGCAAGAAUUUGAACCUUUUAUCUCAGACGAAGACUAGUGGGAUAAGAAGUAUGAGGCCAAAUACUUACCCAGUUACAUAGAUAAAAAUUAAGAUAACUUUGAGCAAAACAAUGAUAAAUAUUUUUUUGUCUGUACAAGUUACAGCUUCACAUUCAGUGGAGUUUGUAAGGUCGACGGCUUUAGUCAUCACUUCUUUAAUUAGUUUAAGACCUGAAAAGGUCCAGGAGGGCUUUGCUGCUCAGCAGCUGGAUACUAUGGGGAGGACCCAGCUCCAUGGGUUUGUCCCAGUCCCAGGGGCUUGGCCAGAAGAGCCAUUGGCAGCUAAUUACCCAGUUCUGGGUGAAAGGGGGAGAGUCAAUCACUGCACUUAUUUCAAAUCUGAAGGCCUUGAAAAGGAUAGUGUAGAUAGAGGAAUUUGAUUGAAAACUGAACAAGUGCACUGGUGUAUGAGGGAAUUCAGAUGGUGUAAGCAAAAGUUAAUAUUACACUUGUGAAUCUGUUAUCUGCGCACAAAACUUCAUCACCAUUUAACUGAGACCCAGCUAUAGAGUUCCCUUAUCAAGACUUUGUUGCAAAAUUGCAGAGGUUUCCCCACAAACAAGUUAGCAGUUUUGCUUUUAGAUUUCUUCAACACUUUGAAUUUAGCUUUCAUUAACUUGCCUCCACUUCAUGCUUUUGUCAGGUCAUCUUGACAUUCUUUAUGCCCUGUUUUCCUUUAAAGUGAUGGCCCUGAAUGUCCUCUGAGCUUCAGGUUCCUUAUGUACCAGGACCACCUGCCUGGAGAGGUCAAAGUCAUCUUAGCGUUGGCAUAGAACUAGGAAAACUGUUUUGAAAUCUAGAUGUGUUCCAGUUUUUACUUAAAUAGCUUUGUCCUGAGAAAGCUUAGUGGAUUUUUUAGGCAAGAGGGUAUUUUGAAAUCCAGUAUAGUUCUCACAGCUCACACCUACAGAAGCAGGGAAGAUAAUUGUGCAAAAAAGUUCGUGGUGGUCAGCUUGCCUGUUGGACGCCUGCUGGAUCGUGGCAUGCAGCAGACACUGACGCAGCCCUUCACAGGGAAGGCCUGCGGUGGAGGGGGAUCCACGGGGCAGUGGACUUUUUCUGUAUUAUUUAGUACUAACGUAUACAAUUGUUUUUAAAACACCUGUUGGUUUUCUGCAUAUUUUAAAUUUCUGUACAGUUUUGAAUUCUAUAUAUUGUCUUGGAAGGAUGCUAUGUAAUGAUGACUGGCCAGGCCUACAGUAAUUGGAGACUUUUAAUGUAUGUAAUAUUUCAUAGAUUGCAUGCUAUUAAUAGUCUGUGAAGGUAGUAUUUCUUGAUUUAUUGUAAGUUCCCCCCAUUUAUCUUUUUAUGAACUACAGGAUGGUUGGUAGUAGGAAUUCGAAAUGAAUGCAGAAAUCUUACAGGAUACAUAAUAUUGUGGCAAAGAUGAUCCAAGUCUAAAAUCUGCUGACUAGUAAGCAACCGUUUUAACGGGAUAGAGGGACUCUAAUGGGAGAGGGAUUUUUUUUUCCUUCUGAAGUGCUUCUUUUUUUCCUUAAAAAAGUGACUUAAGAGGCCCCCUCCCCCCUGCCGCUUUGGUACUACUGUUUUAAAGGCCAUAGGGAAAUGAAUGAAAAUACACUUCCUUGUUGACCUUAUGGCCAAGGCAAUAAAUCAAAAACCAAUAUAGUGUGAAGAUCUAGACCUGAGAGAUUCAGCCUGUUGUAUUUGGAAUAAAUAUGAAUCUUUUAAGAUGUCUUGUUCAGUAUUUUCCAUUGUUUGGCUACUUUCUAUCUCCCUCAGGGGCACCUGCUGUUCCCAUCUUAGGGUUGGCAAGGGCCUGCCUGCUACUUUUGCUGUGUUCCUAAACAUCACUAGGUGAGACAUUCUCAUCCCUCCCCUUCUUCUGUUUAUUACCCAGCUAGAGGUUCAUGCAUCUCUACAAUGAUGUCUGUGAUGGAGCUGUGCUCCCCAAGUCUUAUGUUGAUUACAGAGGAAUACUUAGGAUUUUUCUGCCUGAGAGGCAUCAAAAUGAUAGUAGUUUGCUUUUAUCCUUUUGUCUUCAUUUUCUUUAGCAGGUACCUUUCUGCAUUAAGAACUGUUCAUUUUUUUUUUUUUAUUACCUUUUCUCCUGGUGGAGAGAGCAUGACAUGUCCUGAAGGCCACUAAGGGUUUGAUGGAGGAAUUGGCAGGUGACUGCCAAGUCUUCGAAAAGAAUGGGGAUCUGAAUCACUUCCCAUCUGUUCACUUCUGAACUUCUUUGGCCAGGAACUCCUGACUGGUGUUAAGGUGAUGAUUUCCCUCACAUGAUAUACUUAGAAUCAUAGAAUUUUAGAGCUAGCUGAGAUUUUAAAAAUUUUAGUUCAUUUUCAUUUUAACUGAUAAGGUUAGAUGUUUCAUUUCAGGUAACAGCUGGUUAACAACGGUAGAGUUCCUGACUCACACCUGUGCUUUCUACAGCUGUCUUAACUGAAUGUGCUGUAUGUUUCUUUAAAAAUUACGAGUGCUACUUGAUGUCUUCAGGAAGAUACUUGAAAAGAUAUGCUGUUCCAAUAAAUACCAUCAGUGUUCAAACUGUUUAAAGGAGUGUACUCAGCGCAACCUUAAUUAGUGAAAAUAAUCUUCGUGUUAACCCCUCUACUACUACACUCAGUACUAUGUAGCAAAAAUAGGUAACCUGAUUUCAGCAUUGGCAGGAGCACAGCAAACAGCCUUAUCUGAGAGAGCCUUAUUUAUAAAACAGUUCUUAAACGGAGGCGUUGUGCUUAUAACCUUACGUUUACUUCAUGCUGAUCUUUGGUCCUGUUUCUUACUGAGAAUGUCAUAAUUCUUAAAAAAAUUGACAAAUGACACGAUAGGGCCUAGCUGUGUAUAAGUGAUCCUUGCAAAAUGUUUUUUUUUUUUUUUUUUGUAAAACACGAAAACAAAACGUAUUUUCACAUUAUGGUGAAAAUGUCUUUUGCAACUUCAGAACUCUAUGGAAAAGCAAUUUUUCAUAUUUUGUGUCCAUGCAUCUUCUUUCUUAAAAUGGUUUACAAAAAAGAAUGUUAAACAAUUUGUGAUCUGGCCAGUUGUAUUUUUAAGCUCCUGCAGGGAGGGUUGGUGUUCGGAGUUGAGUAGAAAUCAUGCAGGAAAACUUGAGGGAGCAGUCUAUUGCCAGUAAUGUUUCUCGUGUGUGCCAUUAAGCCACCUCCAGAUGAAUGGGGGAAUAUUCACUUUUUAAUUUCAAAAUUGUGAUUUGAAAUUGUUGCUGUGUACUAAGAACUUGACCUAAAUAAAAUUCUACAAAGUA